UUUAUAAAUUCCCUUGGUUUUAAUAAGUGAAUUUAACGCGUUACCAUUUUACGUCGGUGAACAACAGUAAAACACCUGUACAAAUAGUUUGCUUAUAUUCAUCUACCACGGAGCGCAUGAGUUAUCGUGCUACAAUAGCAUUAUUAGAAAUUCUAAAUUUAAUUUUAAAAAUGAAUUUAAUAAGGAUAGUUGCGUCGCUGUUAAUAAUAAUAGUACAAUGCAACGCGGUAACGAUAUACGAGAGUGACGUUAACUUCCGGAUAGACCCCGGCUCGAGAACGUGUUUCUUUGAAAAAGGAACAACCGGUCACACUAUGGAAGUGUACUAUCAAGUUCUUGAUGGACAACACGGUGACUUUGAUAUCUCGUUUGACAUUAUCGACCCGAAUGGUGUGAAGAUAAUUUCGGAUUACAAGAAGCCGCAGAACUCUAUCAUAUUGGAACUGGAGGUUGAGGGCGACUACGCUUUUUGUAUGGACAAUAGUUUCAGCAUUAUAAAUUCCAAAUUGGUGUUUAUUUCUGUGGUGAUUGAACCGCCUGAGGAGUCAACCGCACGGGAAACGAAUGUCUUUGUGGAUGAUGAAGGAAAGGAACGUGUAGUUGAGGAAGUUCUGCAAUGGAUGGGGUCUGACAACGACGGCACGCCGUAUUACAUCGACAUUGAACGAAUUGCAGACUCUCUGUCGCGGACGCUGAAGCACGUGGUAAAAGCGCGACAACUGCUCGAUAUAUACGGCGCCCUCAAAUCGCGCGACACCUACCUUGCCUUCGAGGACACGUUAAUUGUUGAUUUGUGGUCCGGAUUUCAAAUCACCAUCAUGUGUUUAGUGGGAAUGUUACAAGUUUAUGUCAUAAAGAAACUAUUCAAUACCAAGUCUUACAAAUAACUCAUCAAUUUUUUUUUUUUGUAAUGUAGAAUAAAAUUAGUGUGCUAUGGA